CAAACGACGUCGUCGCGCUGUCCAACACCGGCGACGCGCUUUAUUACGCGGCAUUUUGAAUUUUCAAAUAUCGAACGUCAAUUGUAGGUACGUGUGUGAGUGUGUUUGUGUGCAGAAAAACAAAAUAAUGACAGCUGUGCAUUCGAAAUUUAAACUGUACGAAUUCAGCGUGACGCUUUAGAAUGUGAAAAAUUAUAUGCGGCCAGUAUUUUCGUCGUGUUUUUGUUAUUGCAUGUAUUUUUUUAAUUUGUGUGUGUUUGAGGUGCGUUCUGACACUGGAUUUUAAUUGGUGUUGAUGGAUUAUGUUACGGACGUUUUGUUUUGUGAUUGGUUGAAAAUUUGAAAGAUCGACAAUCGUCGGCCGCUACUAAAAGAACUCGCACAUAAAUCAUUCAACUAAAAGGCUGGCUAUAAAUAAAAAAUGGCGCUUAAAUUCAUCGGAUCCAUUUCAAAUAUAGAAUACGCCAGCUCUUACAGCAGGGGAAGCUGAGCGUUCGUUUAAAAUGUGAACAUUUAAAUUUAGAACGCCGGAUUUCCUUGUUAUGGUAACGGACGUCGGAAGUGUGUAGUUUUGUCGAGAUGUCUAACUAUAAGUGUAGAAUGAAGACAACUAGUAGGGGUGUGAAUCCUUUGUUUUUACUGUUACGGACCCAUAGUGCUUUGGUUUUUAGUUUUUUAGUGUUUGUUGAUGUGUGUGGUGGUUAUCAAGAGCAGAAGUUUGCGAUGGAGCCGCAGGAUCAAACUGCUGUGGUCGGAUCCAGGGUGACGCUGCCGUGCCGAGUGGAGAAUAAAGCUGGCCAGCUGCAGUGGACCAAGGACGACUUCGGGCUUGGUCUCCACCGGGACCUGAGCGGCUAUGACCGGUACAAGAUGAUUGGAAGCGACGAAGAAGGAGACUAUUCCUUAGACAUCAGGGAGGUGACCCUGGAAGAUGACGCCAAAUACCAAUGCCAAGUCUCUACAGGACCUAAAGGUGAACCCGCCAUUCGGUCGAGAUACGCUCGGCUCAGUGUUUUGGUGCCACCGGAGCCUCCUAAAAUACUUCAAGGCAAUUACUACUCUACAACUGAAGACAGGAAGAUCAAAUUGGAGUGCGUGUCCGUUGGUGGGAAGCCGCCUGCUGAGAUCACGUGGGUGGACCGCAAUGCUGGAGUCUUGACGCAAGGCGUGACGUACUCAAUCGAGCCUUUGUCUGAUGGACAGAGGUUCACAGCCAGGUCCAUCAUAACUAUGACUCCGAAGAAGGAAAACCACAACCAGACCUUCACAUGUCAGGCGCAGAAUACAGCUGACAGAGCCUACAGGUCUGCUAGCAUACAGAUAGAGGUGAAGUAUGCGCCCAAAGUGAAGAUUUAUAUAAAAUCAAAAGUAAACGGAAAGAUUCCCGAGGGAGAAGACGUUGUUAUAGCGUGCCGCGCCGACGCCAACCCAACGAACCUCACUUUCAAAUGGUCCGUCAAUGAUGAAAUUAUUAAUGGAAACACUACUGAAUUGAAAAUCUACAAUAUAACAAGGAAAUACCACGAUGUGAUCGUAAAAUGCAUGGUAUAUAACGAAGUCGGAAACAGUGAGGAACAGGAAACUCUUGAAAUUACUUACGCACCAUCAUUCAGAAGUAUGCCGAAAGACGUAGAAGCCGAAGUGGGCACAAUAAUCACAUUGAGUUGUGACGUUGACGGAUACCCAACUCCUGAGUUCAAGUGGCUCCACCAUGAGGAAGAUCAGGCCAUACAAGUGGGAAAGACUCCUAAUCUCACCCUCACUCUGGACACCCAUACAAUCGGCCGAUAUCUCUGCCAAGCGAGCGUGCCUGGCUAUCCAGAAGUAGAAGGAGAGGCAUCAGUCUACAUCAAAGGCCCACCAAAAAUUAUAUCCAAUCAGACCCAGUUCGGAUCCCAAGGCGAUACAGUGAAUAUAGAAUGUGCCGCGUUCGCUGUACCACGAAUUGAUAACAUUGUGUGGACCUUCGAUGGUAGAGAGAUCGAUGCUAUACAUGAUCAGGACUACGCCUUCCUCGAAGACCUACAGCCAGGUGGCGUGGUCAACUCCACCCUCAUCAUCAGAGACAGUAGGUCCAAGCAUUUCGGAGUUUAUAAGUGCAACGUGUCGAAUGACUACGGAAGCGACAUCUUGGAGAUCACCCUCAAACCUACAAAAACUCUGCCGCUCCUACUAAUACUGGUUGGUGUAACAUUUGGCACCAUCAUGGUAGCUGCUGUGGUGAUGUUGGUGAUCCUGUGUCAAAGGAAGCAAAGGAAGAACAAACAGACCCAAGUUACAGAGAAACCUGAUGUUACAGUCACUGCUGAAGAACUCUUCAAAGAGAACGAUAGGAACUCUAACAUAAGCGACUUAAAGUUGGAAUUGCGACAGGCUAACGGGAGCUGCGAGAUUGACUACUCGAACACUGGAUCAGACAGCACGUUGUGUUCAAACGCGAAGCUAGGCAGCGGCAUUCCACUCGCUGGGUCCGUGCCUCUUACCACCAUGAACCAGAAUAACUACCCUCCUUACAGAUACAGCAAUGAUUACACCGAUCCUGCUUAUGCUGAUUGUUAUAAGGUUAAUGGUUUCAACAAUGGGUACCAAACGUAUGUUCAUUACGGCCAUGACUACACUCCAGGAUCUCUAAGAGUCCAAUCACCAACCCUAGGCAGUGACAAACUCACCCCAAACAGGUCCAUAAACGGCAGUCUGCCAAGAAGCGUAGACACUCCGUCUACAGUCCAAUUUAAUCCAGGGAAUGGAUCCCAGAACAACUCACUGCAACGUUCAGCCAAGAGGCAAGACAGCAGCAAUGCUUUGAAUAACUUGGGCCUGCCGAAUCCUGAAGCGGGCAGAGUUCCCAACGGUGGGAUUCAUGGGGUGGACAUAAGAUACGCGGCCACUUAUGGGAACCCCCAUUUAAGGACUGGGGGAGGGUUGGGUUUCGCCAACACUGUGAAUACAGCGAAGCCUGCAUCUACUCCUGCGCCCCCGCCUUACUCUUCAGUUAGAAGCUCUGUUAUUUUGCCUUCAGGCACGUCCUCCCACUCGAUAACAUCACCGACAAGUUUGGCGUCACCACAAUGUACGACUAGUCCCAUCACCACAUCUACCAUGUCUACAGACAGCACACAGCCAGCGAUUGGCGUGGCGACGUCUUCAACGACACCGCAGUCGCCGAGCGCGCACUACAUUCUAGCACCGUCGAAUAGGACUAUUGGAAACGCAACCGUUACUAAAAAGGGUAACGGGCUACAAUCACCUUUAGCGACGCAUGUAUAAAGUGCAGUUUCCAUUGACUCUACAUAGAGAUAAGUGAUGUUUGUAAAAAUUGACGUCAAUUUAUAUUUUAACGUGUUAUCAUAGUUAUAUUUCUAAUUGUAUAUCCCUUUAUGUUUUACAAUCUCAUUCUGAUCAUGCCUAUUUUGAUGUAAUUUUCAUCGAAUAUUUUAAUUCUGUUGUAUAUACGUAGACAGAUAAAUAUGUACUUAAUAAAAUAUAAUAAUUUUACGCAAUAAUGGUCAGUAGGUAACAGUAGACCUUCAUAAAUAAAUAUGGCCUAUCUAAAGUAUUCUGUUAGUGUUAAUUACAAUAUCUGUCUUAAAAUAACUUAUUUAAACUGUCAAUCGAAACUGUCAAUUCCUGUCAAAUUAUUAUUUUUAACGUCCUACUUCAACAUAAUUUCCCAUAUUAAUUUGUCAAAGUGCCAAAGUGACAACGUCAGAAUGACAGCUGUAAACUUUUCUACGCAAAGGAAACUCGUCCGUACAGCCAACAACAUUUUAAAUAUUAAGUCGGAAUAGUUAGGAAAUUGCUUUCAUUAAUUAAACUGGUCCUUUGUAAUGCAAAGAACUGUGAAUUGAACCGAAAAGGUACUGAGCUCGUAAACUAUAGCGUAUAGCGUGUUAGUAUUCAAACCUAGUUAAUAGAAAGUAAAAAAUCGCACAAUAAAAACUUUUUCCUUGUAAAUUUAGGUUGGUAGCGGAUUUAGAAAUUGUUAUGGGGUCUUGACCCCCCAGCUUAUAUACAUAUGACUCCCUACUUCGAACGAUUAAAGAAAACUAUCGUCUAUUAUAAAACCGGUGAACGAUGAAGCAUUUGAUAACUAUAGAAUUCGUGCUCCUAUUUAUUUAUAAAUUGACAAAAUAUCCGCAGUAAUAAUUAAAUUAAACCUAUUAAGUUACGAAAUAUCAAUUUUAAAACCGGCCAAGCACUAGUCAAGUUGAAUGAUAGGGCUUUUACUUACAUCGUAUUAGUCUCUGCAAAUAUACUACGCGACAAAAGGCUCGCGGUAUAAACUUCACUAAUAAUACAUUAGCAGGCUUUGUAUAUUGAACCUUAUAGCAUAAUUACCCCCCACUCCUAAGUCAGGCCCUGUACAGCUUGUCCGUGAUUGAUCGUUUAUUUAAGCCCCAAGUUCCAUACGACCGAUAAAUACAGCUCGACACCAUUCACAAAUAAUGAGAUGCUAAAAUAUACCAGGUUUUUUGUUAAUGCCUUUUUGUGCUUUAUAAUUCUUUGGUGGCCGGUGGAGAUAUUUUGAUCUUUAUAAAUAAUUAACUUCUUUAAUAGUGUAAUGGGCUGCAUAAUUAAUAUUCUUUCCAUAGAUAUCAGAACAAUUCAUAGUACAAUAAUCAAAACUAAUAAAUCAAAUCGAGAUUUCAACAUUUUCACAAGUAAAAUCCAAACGCAAGAAAACAGAUCUUAAAUGUUUUCUUGGAAUAAAAAGUAGAAAAUCGCGGGCCACUUGACAUAAUCAAGCUCUGGUCCGUCGCUGCAUAAAAUUAAAAAGUUCAAAUGUAAACCAAGUUUUCUCAUUUUAAUAGUAACAAUCUGUCAAUGCUAGAUAACACUGAGCGGUUUAACGAAGUUUAAGUAAAACUCGUCGAAUAGCUUUUUAUGGACGGUAAAAGUAACAGGUAAAAGUUAUAAUGCCUGCUGUAUGUGCAUGGGUAGAGUGAACAGUAUAGUCAACUUACUGGUGGUAGGAUAUAUUUUAUAUCCGUCCAUAUAGUGACCACUAUGGUGUUAAAAUCCGCCAUAGUGGCCCACGUAAGUGUGUCGCGGGAUCAGGUACGUACGGUUGUAAGGCCGGCAUAACUGUGUCGACUGCUGAGGGGUAAUCAUCUCUCGUCAGUCGAUAUUCCAUUUGUAGCCUACAUCAUUACUACACCUACAUUAUAUUUAAUAAAACAUGUGUGAUGUACCGCUAGCUUCGUAUGAGCGGCGGGCGAUGUAACGGUGUCGAGUCCCCCGCUCAUCGGCGACACUCGCGCCGACCGCACGCACCAGUCGCGAUUUACACCUGACGCGGGACGCUUGUCGCUUGUGCCGCUGUUCCUUGUUUUAAUAUAUGUUACAAAACGUGAUAUCGGACAAUAAAUUUGUGGUACCGAACGUGCUGGUUUCCGUUCCAAAGAAAACCCUGUGAAUUUCCCUAAACAUUCCCCACUCCACUUACCAUCAGGUGUAGUGGAGUUCCUUUACCAAGCAUCUAUAAAAAAGCUGCUUAACACUUAACAGGGACUUAACAUUUAUGUAACAAUGUAUCAUCGUAUCAAAGCAUUAAAGUCAUUCUAUAACAAUAAAAUAAUAAUAAUUUAUUGUUUCUCUCACUGUCGCUUUAGCGAAACUUUAUUUCCAACUGUCAAACUCGGAGUUGUCACUUUGACAUUGACAGAUCAUGUCGUUUCGGCAUGGCACAAUUUGACAGGACAGAACUUUUAAUAGAUCCGAGUCAAUUUUCUUUCAAUUCUCUAUGGUACUAAUAAAUUAAGGUUUAAUAUAAAUACGCUACUAAUGUUUUUAUACGAUUUAUAUAAAGGAAUACAUAGAAAUGAUAUUAAACUUAAUGUGUAAGAAAUAGAGUCCUUUUUAAUUCAUAGAAUAUGCUAUAGGAAGUUAUUUGGGAUUAGCUAAAUUUUAAAAUGUCUACCCGAUACGAUUUUAAAUCUAUCAACCACUUUUUUAAAAGUAAAUAAUUUGAAAUAUAACGAAUUACUGAAACUGAUUAAUAAAAAAUAGAUCGCGUAAAAUCUUGAAAAAUAACAAAUGUUUUUAGAAAUUAGCUACUCCCACUCUCUAUGGCGACAUAUCACAAUAUUGUUUUCAAAAACACUGUCCCUUUGAAAAUACUACAUGUCUAUUAGAAUAAGGUUAUUUUAGAAACUUUGUGCCAUUAAUUCUCAUACAUAUCUUGCGAAUACAUCAUAAGCACUUCCAUGGGCGUGUGUGUGUUUAUAGAAGGGGGAGUUGAAAAAAACAGCACUUGAGUAUUUAUCAAAAUAAAUGAUCAUAACGAAAUAGAUUUUUUUCCAUUUGGACCAGUAGUUCCUGAGAUUAGCGCGUUCAAACAAAUAAACAAACUCUUCAGCUUUAUAUAAUAGUAUAGAUAAUAAUAAUAAUAUC